AUGUCAUCAUCCCUUGGUACGAAUGCGCUUUUCUCGCGUGUGACGAGCAUAGAGAAGGCCGCGGAAGUCGCCAAGAAGGCACCACCGAAGGUAGUAAAGCUCUCGGAGGAGGCUAGUGCGCUGCCACCGCACAUUAUAAGCGUUACAGAUCCGGUGAAGUUGAACGCACAGACACCGUUCUUCAAGUGCCCGCCGUGGGCUGCACACCCUGUGCAUGCAUGCCACUUGCACUGCACCCGUGACGGGGUACCUCUGCCAGCACUGGGUCUCGAUCGGUUUCCAUUUUACUUGUUUGGUCGUAGCGCUGUGUGCGAUUACGUACUUGAACAUCCGUCAAUCAGCAGCAUUCACGCGGUGUUGGUGUACCACCGCGAACAGAAGUGUUUCGUGCUGAUGGACUUGGGCUCGACCAAUGGAGUUAAGCUUAACGGCGUCCGCAUCGGGAGGAAGAGGCCAGUGCCGGCACCUGUUGACAGCAGCAUCCAGUUCGGCUUCAGCACUCGCAUGUACAAGGUACGCCUGGGCCCUCCACCCUCGUCGAAGCGCCUGCGAGAGGAGCAGGAGAAGAUUGCAGAAGAACAGAAACACGCAAAGACUGCUCUUUCAUCUUCUCUCCCUGACAGGGCUACUGCUGCUGCUCACAGUGCCAGCGGUGAAGACGCUGCCGAGGAGCAUACAGGCGAGGCGCCGACGGCGGCGAUGCGUGAGAAAGCGAGAGACGCCACGGAGCUGACACAGGGAGAGGCGACAGCGGCGGAGGUGCAGAAGAAAGAAGAAGAGGAGGAAGAGAGGGGUAAAUCGCCAGCUCCUCCCCUGGUUGUUGAGCGGCGACUGUACCACGUGCUUAUCAAGCACAAGGACGUGCGCCGGCCCGUGUCCCUCGCCCCGCGCAACAAGGGCGAUCGCAUCACGCGGUCCAAGGCGGACGCUGUGACGUUGGCGCGCGCGGUUCUCGCACGCCACAGCGGGCCGGCGGCGGAGUGGUCCUUGCAGGAGUUUGCAGCUGCGGUGCGUGAAUUCAGCGAGUGCGCCACCGCCAAGCGGGACGGCGAUCUCGGCAUGGUGGAGAGCGGCACAUACACGGAGACCUUCGACGCCGCUGCUUUCGCACUGGGCCGCGGCGAGGUGAGUGCGCCAGUGGAGACGGAACUUGGCGUGCACCUCAUAUACCGUGCUGAUUGA